GUAGAAUUAUUCAUCCUAUCGCAUCCCAUCCCAGCCCACUGUUCACUUUGUCCGAUCAUCCCUUCCGCCGGAAACCGAUAUGGCUCAUCCGCCGCCGUAUGAACCGUAUUACUUGGCCGCGGCGCCGCCGGAAUACGGUUAUUCCUCCAGCGACGGGAAUGGAAUCAAUACGUUGUUCGUUUCAGGUCUCCCUGACGAUGUCAAGGCGCGUGAGAUUCACAACCUUUUCCGUCGCCGUCCUGGUUUCGAGUCCUGCCAGCUCAAGUAUACUGGCCGCGGCAAUCAGGUUGUGGCAUUUGCAACCUUUGUGAACCAUCAAUCGGCAUUGACGGCUCUCCAUUCAUUGAAUGGAGUUAAAUUUGAUCCGCAAACUGGUUCCACUUUACAUAUUGAAUUGGCAAGAUCAAAUUCUAGAAGAAAAAAUAAACCAGGAAGUGGUCCAUAUGUUGUUAUUGAUAAAAGAGCGAGAUAUGAGUCCGGCGCAAGGGGAUUGGGAUCGUCAAGUGAUGACGACAGUGAUUCCGAUGCCUCACCUAACAUAUUCGAUUCUGCAAACCAAGCUGAUACAACGGUUGGCAGGAGCAUUCAACCAACCACUUAUAAUGAUGGUUUAGCUCCCGAGAAUGAGCAGGCAGAGAGGAUGGAUGGUGCUUGCUCGACACUGUUUAUUGCUAAUCUAGGUCCAAAGUGCACCGAAGACGAACUGAAACGAGUUCUUUCUCAGUACCAAGGAUUCAACAGCCUAAAGGUUCGUGCCAGGGGUGGAAUGCCAGUUGCUUUUGCUGAUUUUGGGAGAGUGGAACAUGCAACUGAUGCAAUGAUGGCGCUCCAAGGAAGCACACUACCAUCGUCCGACAGGGGAGGCAUGCAUAUAGAAUACGCAAGGUCGAAGAUGAGGAAGCCGUGAAAAUUAUUCCAAAUGAUCGCAAAGUCUACUAUGACUAACUUGGUAAAACUACAAACCCCAUCUCCCGGCCAUGAGUUGUACUCUAUAUUUCCAUUAGAAGAUUUGACUUCCGGCUCUAUAUGUAUAAAAUAGAUUUAUAUGACAUGAUACAUAUUCUAUGGUUUGACCAAUUUCGUGUAGUUAUGAUAAUUUUGCCUCCAUUGCUAUUAG